CCCCACGUCCACAGCUUCUCCGCAGGCACCAUGAUGGGCGUGCAGGGCCUGACCCUGCCCGGCUGCCUGGCCCUGGGAGUCUUGCUAUGUCUCGUCCACUGUGAGCGCGUGUUCCUAGGCCAGCAGCAGGCACUGUCUGUGCUCCAGAGAACCCGGCGGGCCAACAAAGGCUUCCUGGAAGAAAUGCGAAAGGGGAAUCUGGAGAGGGAGUGCAUGGAGGAGGUGUGCAGCUACGAAGAGGCCUUCGAGGCCCUGGAGUCGGUCCCCGUGGCGGUUGAAUUCUGGACCAAGUACCAAAUUUGCGAAUCUCUGAGGCCAUCCAGAGUCACUUUCGAGGCCUGCCUACAAGGGAUUUGUGCAGCGGGCAUAGGGAUGAAUUACCGUGGAAACAUCUCCGUCACUAAAUCUGGGAUUGAGUGCCAGCUAUGGAGAAGCUUCUACCCACACAAGCCAGAACUCAACUCCACCACACACCCUAUGGCCGACCUUAAGGAAAAUUUCUGCCGAAAUCCAGAUGGCAGCUCCACUGGGCCCUGGUGCUACACCAGCAAACCUACCCUGCGGCGAGAGGAGUGUAGCAUCCCCAUCUGUGGAGGGGACGGCUUCACUGUGCCAGUGACUUCAAAAAGGCCCAACGAGUUGGAUCCAAGGAACUCACAGCCCUGCAUCCCUGAUAAGGGCCAGAAGUAUCAAGGAAACCUUGCUUCCACUCUCUCGGGGAGCCCCUGCCUGCCCUGGGCCUCAGAGCUGCUGAAGCCUCUUCUCAAGGAGCAGAAUUUUGACCCUUCUGUGCCACUGGUAGAGAAUUAUUGCCGAAACCCAGAUGGCGAUGAGGAAGGCCUCUGGUGCUACGUGGCUGGGAACCCCAUUGGAACGGAGUAUUGCCAGGCCAACUACUGCGAAAGCCCUGAGGAUGAGGUGGAUGAAGACCUACAGCCGGAGCCAGAGACCAUCGAUGGCCGGACCGCAGUGCAGGAAUACCAAGUGUUCUUUAAUGAGAAGACCUUCGGUUCCGGAGAAGCAAGCUGUGGCAUUCGGCCCCUGUUUGAGAAAAUAGGCCAGACGGACAACAAUGAGAAGGAACUGCUGGACUCUUACAUAGGCGGGCGCAUCGUGCAUGGAAAUGAUACUGAGUUGGGCACUGCUCCCUGGCAGGUGAUGCUUUUCCGGCAGAGACCUCAGGAAAUGCUGUGUGGAGCCAGCCUCAUCAGUGACCGCUGGGUCCUCACCGCUGCCCACUGCAUCUUCUACCCGCCCUGGGACAAGAACUACACAGUUCAGGACCUGCUAGUGCGCAUCGGGAAACACCAACGUGCCAAGUAUGAACGCACCAUGGAGAAGAUCGCCAAGCUGGAGAGGAUCAUCAUCCACCCCAAAUACAACUGGAAGGAGAAUCUGGAUCGGGACAUCGCCCUGCUGAAGCUCAAGAACCCCAUCACCUUCACCGACUACAUCCACCCCGUCUGCCUGCCCUCCAAGGAGAUGGUGCAGAAGUUAUUCCUGUCCGGGUACAAGGGGAGGGUCACCGGCUGGGGCAACCUGAAGGAGACCUGGACCUCCACCAAAGAAAACCUGCCUGAAGUCAUGCAAAAAAUCAACCUGCCCAUCGUGGAGAAGGACGUGUGCCGGGCCUCCACCCGGAUCAAAAUCACAGACAACAUGUUCUGUGCAGGGUACCCACCUGGUGCAGGGAGACGAGGUGAUUCUUGUGAAGGGGACAGCGGGGGACCUUUUGUGAUGAAGAACCCUUUUGACAAACGCUGGUACCAAAUGGGGAUCGUGUCCUGGGGGGAAGGCUGCGACCGGGACGGGAAAUUCGGCUUCUACACGCAUGUUUUCCGUCUGAAGAAAUGGAUACAGAAAGUCAUCGACAAGUUUGGAGGUUAGGGGCCCCGGCGUGGGGCCCCCCUCCCCAGAAAGGAGCAUGAACUGGAGCCCCCCGCGACGGAGGAGAGUUUUGUGUUGUUUUGUAUUUCUAAGAUAUCUAUUUCCCAAUAAAAGUAUUUCCUUCCACGA